UCUCUUUCUCUUCCUUUCUAUUCUGGAACAGUGAAAUCUGACCAAGUCCCGGAUAUAUUGAAAACGAAAGAGCCAAAAAUUUUAUCCUCUCCAUUUUCUCUCCGCGGAACAUAAAUUCUCAACCCACUCCACGAACACGAUGCCGUUUUGCGAGGUGGUAAAAACGCAGAGCGGAGUCGACGCAGCUCUAAACAAUGGGAUCCGGAUUUUUUAUCGAACUUACGGUCACGGCACUACCAAAGUCCUCCUCAUCAUAGGAUUGGCGGCGACACACGACUCAUGGGGCCCACAAAUUAAGGGGCUGACCGGAACUGAUAGGCCCAACGGCGAUGAAACGAUGGCGGUUGAUCGGGAACCCGGCGAGGGUCACAAUGAGGUUGGUGGAAUCGAGGUUUGUGCCUUUGAUAAUCGUGGCAUGGGUCGGAGCUCCGUCCCCACCAAAAAAUCCGACUAUACGACAAGAAUUAUGGCAAAAGAUGCAAUUGCCUUAUUGGAUCAUCUGGGCUGGAAGAAAGCCCAUGUUUUUGGGCAUUCAAUGGGAGCUAUGAUUGCUUGUAGGAUGGCGGCCAUGGUGCCUGAUAGAAUUCUCUCUUCGGCAUUACUUAAUGUAACGGGUGGAGGCUUUGAAUGUUUUCCAAAGUUUGACCGCAAAACGCUAUCCAUUGCAAUUCGUUUUAUAAAGGCCAAGACUCCUGAACAAAGAGCAGCAGUUGACUUAGAUACGCACUACUCGAAGGAAUAUCUUGAAGAAUAUGUCGGAUCUAACACUAGAAGAGCAACUUUGUAUCAAGAGUAUGUAAAAGGCAUAACAGCAACUGGCAUGCAAUCUAACUGUGGUUUUGAUGGUCAAAUCAAUGCAUGCUGGACACAUAAAAUGACACGAUCAGAAAUUGAAUUAAUCCGUUCAUGUGGAUUUCUUGUAUCAGUCAUUCACGGCAGGCAAGAUGUCAUUGCUCAAAUAAGCCAUGCGAGGAGGCUUGCAGAGAAGCUACAACCUGUUGCUAGAAUGGUAGAGCUUCAUGGGGGGCAUCUAGUAAGUCAUGAGAGGACAGAAGAGGUUAAUAAAGCUCUUCUUGACUUGAUAAAGGCAUCAGAAAUGAAGAUGAACCCGCAUGAUUGGAACAACUUCCCCAAGGAAACUUCCGAAGCUUCAAGCAGAACAUUUGUGGGGGGAGAAACCAACAUAAUCUUAGGAAAGAUCCACUUUUACCUAUUAUAUAUAUUCAGUCUAUUUAUGAUGGCAAUAAAGUAUGGAAGAAGUGCUCUGCAAAGGCUAAAACCAGCUAGAGUUGGAGCCUCACUAACAUAAUCUCCUUUUGAACGGUUUCAUAAAUUUGUCACCAUUAUGGCGCGACCCCCUUUGAUUAGGCUGUUAGCUUAUUUGUAUAUUAUUGCUCAAACCUUGAACGAUAAAACCUCGAAAAUGAAGAGAUCAAUAUAGCCAAAAUUGAGGCAGAUCACUCCGUGGAAGAGAAGGCUAGGUUGGUGGAGGAUGCUCUUCCCUGUCCUCCCCGUGAUACUAUAUAUAUACUAGCGAAAGAUAAAGCUAGAAGUUACUUUUGCACCAAGCAGCAAAAGUAUAUAAAUAUGACCAUAAAAGGAAAAAAAUUUGUUUCCAAUAACAAUUGACAUUGUAUUUGAACACAGAAAAUUAAUGAGUGUCUCUUGCAGGCAAGUAUGCAUGCUUCCAUUGAUAAA